AUGGAUGCUACAACUGCAUGCCAUUUGAUGAGCGAUCCAUUUGCUGGGCACAACUACGCGUACAGUAUUCCAAUUCGUGUUGUUCAGAAAUUAGUGCAAGGAACUAUGACAAAUGUUGCUGUCGUAGGCAAGCCACGCAUUCUCGAGAUUGUGGACCGUGCUACAAUCCAGAGAUAUUUCGUCAAAUACAUUGUCAAGAGCCAGUUUAUUCAUAAAAAAGGCAAGACUUAUUCUAUAUUCUCUGUUAUCGGAACAAGUUUUCUGGUGCGAUCUCGUCCGCCUCCAUUGUGCUCAGAAGGUCACCAGUCCAUGAAAGGAAAAACUUUAUCGUUCCAACCGAGACUAGAAUAUGUUCCGAAUGCUGGAGCAAUGGUAUGAUU